AUGGUCAUCAAGAGCCGAAAGCCGCAUAAAAAGACAUCACCACUACCACGUGGCAUGAUGGGCUCAUUUUAUGGCAAGGCCGACAACAACAAGAGCAAGCAACUCAGACGCGACCAUGAAUACAAUAUGGCAAGGAUGACGAACAAUGACGCGAUUGCAGCAAGGGACAAAGAAACCAAUGCUAUCAAUACCAUUGUUGAAUGUGCAUCCAGUCGACAGUUACUCGAACGGGUCAUGGAGUUUACAUCGUCAUCGUCAUCAAGUUCAGCAGCAACAACAACAACAACAAAAGGAGGCUAUCCACCCUAUUAUGCGAAAUUAUUAGAACGUGCGAUUGAAAUGGCAGGCAUGACGUUCGAGGACCCCUAUCUGGCACUGUCGAUUUUCGAACACGCCAAAACCCACAGUGUUGUGAGCUACGUGUCUGGAUGUACCACGGAGGUGUACAACGCCAUGUUGAUGAUGCGAUGGAAACUUUGGCGCGACGUACACGGAAUGCUGAAUCUGGUCGACGAAAUGAUGGCCAACGGUGUAGGAUACGAUACCGAGACGCGUCGGAUUAUGCAACUGGUGGUAGCCGAAGUGGAGAAUGAAAUGCGCUUGGAUAAUGAUGAUGACGAGGAUGACGGUGCUGCUAGUAGCGAUGUAUAUCGUUAUGGUCCAAACAUGAAGGAUGGCAUGGUGUGGAGCAUGGAUGAAAGACGAUCCGCCAAUAUCAUGAAAGCCCUAGUUGGAAAAUGGUUGUUUAAAUAA